AUGAGUGAAUCAGCUCAAACACCGGCUGUUACCGAACCAAAGGUAAAGGAAGAAGCCCCAAAGCCAAAGGUUGUAGAUGAGAAAGAGAAAUACUUAAAGCCGUAUUGGUACCCUAAGUCGAUUGGCGAGCAAAACCCUAUUUUGAAGAGUUUGAAAGACAACGUGAAUAGGGGUUCUCCAUUGACCAAAGCUAUAGACAUUAUAGUAAAAUUAGUCUUAAUUACUAUCCCAACAUUGAUCGUCUUAAAAAUAUUCAAAUUUUGGAAGAGUUACUUAGACUUGUCUUCUGGCAUCUUUGUAGAAGAGAACAAAAAGGUCUUGUUGAUAGGGUUUGCUUUAGUGUUGAUUGCUGUUGGUGGGUUGAUAUACUUCUGGGCCACUCGAAGAAGAAGAGUCCUCUUAGUAGAUUUUGCUUGCUGUUGGCCAUCCGAUGAGUUGAAGAUGACAGCUGAUGGUGUCAAAGACAUUAUAGUGAAAUGUGGACUCUUUGAGCAAGAGUAUAUCGACUUCCAGUGUAAAUUACUUUACAGAACUGGACUUGGUGAUGAGACGUAUUUGCCACGCCCCUUCCAUCAAUAUCCAUUUAAGACUACAAUGGCUCUUUCACGUGAAGAAUGUGAAAUUGUGAUGAAGAACUGCUGCGAUCAGUUAUUUGAGCAAACCAAAAUUAAUCCCCAAAAGGACAUUGAUAUCGUCAUUUGCAAUUGUUCCUUGUUCAACCCAACUCCAUCGAUCAGUGCCAUGUUAAUGAACAUGUACAAAUUGAAACCAACAUGCAAGAACUAUAAUUUGGCGGGGAUGGGGUGUAGUGCGGGAUUGGUCUCCAUCGACUUAGCCAGAGAUCUUUUGAAUGUCUACCCCAAUAUUAACCUUUUGGUCUUCUCAACUGAAAAUAUCACACAGAAUUGGUAUGAUGGGAAAGAGAAGGGUAUGUUAAUUUCUAACACUUUAUUCAGAAUGGGCGGUGCUGCUAUAUUACUUUCUAAUAAGAGAAAGUGGCUCAACAAAGCCAAAUUUGAAUUGUUGACCACCGUCAGAAUUCACCACGGGAAGUUCGAUGACUCAUAUAAGGCAGUCUUCCAAUAUGAAGACAAAGAUGGAAAGGUCGGCGUGAAGAUCGGAAGAGAAUUGUUGAAGUGCGUCACUCGAGCAUUAACACAAAACAUGGGCAUUUUAAUGCCACAAGUCAUUUCAUAUAGAGACAUGAUUAACUUCGUCAUCUUCUUCAUUAAGAAAAAACUCGGGAAGACAGCUAAAGGAGAGGAAUUCAUGCCUAACUUCAGAGAAACUUUCCAAGCGUAUUGUAUCCAUGCUGGAGGAAGAGCUAUCAUCGACGGGUUGCAAGAUAACUUGAAAUUAACAGACGAGGACUGUAUGCCUUCAAGAUCAACGUUAUACAGAGUCGGAAACACUUCAUCAAGCUCGGUCUGGUAUGAAAUGAAAUUCAUCGAAAGAAUUGAAACACUGAAAAAGGGUGAUCUUGUUUGGCAGGUGGCGUUCGGUAGUGGACUGAAAUGUAACUCAUGUGUUUGGAGAAAGAUAUGCAAUUAA